CAACCCUCACAUAUGUUGGGGCAGCUUUAUUCUUUCUCUUGUUCCCGCCCUCGACCUAAUCAAGCCACCUGGUUUUCAAGAGCCGGGAUUUUGCAACUAUGAGGACGAUGUUGAAACCCCGCGAUCAUCUGGCCGUCCUCGUAGACGCCGGCAAGUUCCGCACGCUUUUCACACACUCCGUCAAAGCGCAUACCACGACGUCUCGAUCUCUUCCGAUCUACCAUUCCAAUUCUCCGCUGCACUCGAAGCCUAUUGCUCUAUACUUUUCCAAUGUUCUCAGCCGUGGCUGCCAUUUUCCGGCGAGAGCAGCAUUCGGCGGCUACAUCUUGCUUUCCGUUCGACGUAUUCCUGAUUUUUGUCCGGUUAAGAGCAUUUCUUCUGCGUCGUCUUCUGCUCAUAUGGUGGAGUGGAACGAAGAUGCUUCAGGCCCAGAAGCCACAAGUGAGAUCGAUGAGAAAAAUUUGAGAGAGGACGACGAGGACGAUAUUAUUGCCUCUGCCUCUGCGGCUAUCCCUGUUAGGGCUUUUUUCUUUUCGACCAGUGUGGAUUUAAGGAGCCUGAUUGAGCAGAACAAGCAGAAUUUUGUUCCUCCCACGUCUCGUAUGACCAAUUAUGUUGUUUUAAGAUUUGGCUGCACCAAAUCAAAUUCUAAUGAUUCAGGUUUUGGUUUAAGUGGCAAUGACUGUUGUUAUAUGGUAGUUUUCCAUUAUGGUUCAAUCGUCCUGUUCAAUGUCCGUGAUCAUGAGGUUGAUGGGUAUCUAAAAAUCGUUGAAAAACAUUCUUCUGGCUUGUUGCCUGAGAUGAAGAAGGAUGAGUAUGAGGUGAAAGAGAAUCCAAAUUUAAAUACGUGGAUGCAAGGUGGGCUAGAUUACAUUAUGCUGCAGUAUUUGAAUAUUGAUGGCAUCCGUACAAUUGGCAGCGUUCUGGGCCAAAGUAUUGCUCUUGAUUACUAUGUUCGUCAGGUUGAUGGAAUGGUUGCGGAGUUUACAGAUAUCAACAGAGGAAUGGAAAAAACUGGCACUUUUACCAUGGAGCGGAAAAAGCUUUUCCAGUUGGUUGGAAAGGCAAAUUCUAAUCUUGCUGAUGUUAUCCUUAAACUUGGGCUUUUCGAAAGAUCGGACAUUGCAUGGAAAGAUGCAAAAUAUGCUCAGAUAUGGGAAUACCUGAGAGAUGAAUUCGAGUUGACUCAGAGAUUUGCCAGCCUUGAUUUCAAGUUGAAAUUUGUUGAGCACAAUAUAAGGUUUCUUCAGGAGAUUCUUCAGAACAGAAAGUCGGAUUUCUUGGAAUGGCUCAUCAUCAUACUCAUAAGCGCGGAAAUCCUCAUUUCUGUUUAUGACAUUGCCCAGAAGUCGCCAAUCUCCUCCCUCUAGUCCUCCAACGUGUUUAUGACUCCUUUGGGGAAUCUAGGUUUGCCAAUUUAGUGUACAUUCUCGGUUUAGGAUGAUGGUGAUGUUUUAAACUAAAUUAGAUUUCUGAAUAGCAUCUUGUGUGCCUCCUCAAAUGGUGCAAAUUAGAGGCACUCAAGUUAUAUCUUCUUCAUUCGUCUUAAUUGUAACAAACCAAACGCGCCCGCCGUAAACUUCUAUAAUGAUUUUAGAAUAAUUUUACAAUUUUGUG